AUGAAUUGUUUCCGGGAUCAAGCGAUCAGACCUUUUCGUUUAAGUUGGUACGCUAAGAAGCCACAAGUUACCUGUCGAAUUGUUUGUCUGGUAUUUUCACUGGUUGUGAUUGGUUGUGUGGCAACUGCUAAGGCAGCCAACCAUGGAGACUGCCCAAUUAGUAAUGUCGAUUCCAAUACAUGCAACUACGAAUUUGGAUUAAGUGUUGUAGCCAUCCUAGCCGUAAUACUAUUUCUGUACUUUGAUAUCUACCUUGGACGAUUACAAGACUUUAAUAUGGAGAGAAAAUUACUGGUGAUCGAUAUCAUUGUAGACUUUGUCUUUGUCUUAUUAUGGUUUAUUGGUUUUUGGUACCUAAUUAGUAGAUGGUCGGAAUCCGAUAGGACUUUGCUAGCGGGUUAUGUAAUCGAUAAUGUCAAAGCUGGGCUUGCUUUUAGCUUUCUUUGUAUUUUAUCCUGGGGAACAGCUUUUGGAGUUGGCAUCGUUAAAUUACGUGUUGCAUCGCAUACUGUAAUUUAUGACGACGGCACAUCAGAAGCUGAUUAUAUAACUUCUAAUCAAUCACCAACAUACGUCAUUUCAAAUUCUGCUAUUUAA